AUGGUAUACAGUCACAAUACUACUCUGGUUACUAGAAGGUUGAAAAGGAUAGGGGAGAACUCGGUUGACAGUUACAGAACACUAGCUAAGCCUCUUAAUCCAAUACACGAAGAUGCCUUGAAGAGAUUCAUGCAUGCUCAAAGGCUGGACAUACAGCAACGUUAUGAUAACAUAUUCAACGAAGAAAUUCAUGAUCGGCUGCGUGAUUGGGAGAAACUCAAAUCUACUAUUCCAUUGACUGCUCAGAAGCAAAUGUUCAAGAAAUUCAUCUUUGAUGAGCAGCUCGAAGCUUAUCGCAAACUGCGACAUGAAAGUAAAGCAGCUAAGCUUCUCCAAGCAGUAUUUCAAGGUAUUACGUUACAACAUAACUUGCUUGUAAGCCUUGGGGAGAAACAUUUCUUCGAAUAUCUUCUACAAAAUACAUUUCCUGAUCCAAUUAACUGUGUUAUUAUCAUUGAUCAUCCGGGUUUAAAGGUCAUCUUAGAUGAAGAUGAAUGGCUUUUCUAUAAGAAACAGAACUCUCUAACAACGCCCAUUGAAAAGAACAUGUUUCACGAAACCAAAAAUGGAAACUAUGAGGUUUUUCUGAAGCCAAUGGAAUCUAUAUAUGUCCCAUUCAUCUACGAACAUUUCAAUAUAAGCAAGGAGGAGGACCUUAACGAAACGAAGGUACUGUUCCGUCGCUGGGACAAUGGAGAGCCUGUGUCCAUUUUGGAUUUGCGUAUUGAUCAAAGGCCGUCAUGUGUUCAUCAGACAAUUCGCUUUUACUCGGAAGCAGCUUGCCAAUUUCAAAAAAACUUGUUGAUUUCGGGAAUCAGAGGAAAUCGUCGGAUUCUCUCAAUUCGAUCAAUAGAUCCAACAAUCAAAGUUGCUCUGAGAAACCGAGGAGUAGAACAAGAACUUGUCAUAAGUGCUUUUUGUGGUGAAGCUGGAAGUAGCCGUGUUAUUCCUCUGAUACUGUAUGCAGAUUCUUAUAUGUAUAGGUAUAAUGAUAGGAAAGUAACUUUUUGA